GGACUGUUCAUCCCUUCGCUCGCACUCGGAGCGAUCACUGGUCGUGUGGUUGGAAUCGCGAUGGAGCAACUCGCUUACAAUUAUCCAAAGAUAUGGAUCUUCUCCGGCGAAUGUUCCACCGGAGAUGAUUGUAUUACUCCGGGGCUCUACGCGAUGGUUGGUGCUGCGGCCGUCCUUGGUGGGGUGACCAGAAUGACGGUGUCUCUGGUGGUCAUCAUGUUUGAAUUGACCGGUGGCGUUCGAUAUAUCGUACCGCUGAUGGCGGCAGCCAUGGCAUCUAAAUGGGUUGGUGAUGCACUAGGAAGACAGGGUAUCUACGAUGCUCAUAUAGCAUUGAACGGGUAUCCGUUCUUAGAUAGCAAGGACGAGUUCCAGCAUACGACACUCGCCGCAGAUGUCAUGCAGCCAAAGCGCAACGAAACGCUGGCGGUCAUCACUCAGGACUCGAUGACGGUUGACGACAUCGAGACCCUACUCAAAGAGACUGAACACAACGGCUACCCGGUAGUUGUGUCAAAGGAGAACCAAUAUUUGGUUGGGUUCGUGCCAAGGAGAGAUCUUAAUCUAGCUUUAGCUAAUGCGAGGCGCAUAAUUGACGGCAUUACAGGGCAGUCGUUAGUAAUAUUCACCUCGGCACAGCCAGUUCAGAACCUGGGACCUUCGCCGUUGAAACUGAAAAAGAUUCUCGAUAUGGCCCCGAUCACCGUUACCGAUCAGACGCCGAUGGAAACGGUCGUCGAUAUGUUCCGCAAGCUCGGUCUACGGCAAACGCUGGUCACACACAAUGGCCGACUGCUUGGCGUGAUUACGAAGAAGGACGUCCUAAGGCACGUGAAGCAGAUGGACAACGAGGAUCCGAAUACUGUGCUGUUUAAUUAAGCCAAUGUCCCUACCCCCUGACGCCCAUUACGUACCAUACUCAUCUCUGCUACAAGCAAGCAAAGCCUAUCGUGUUAGCCUUGCCGGAUAACACUGCAAGAAGAUAGUUCCGAGUUUUUUUUCAUCAUUUUAUAUAUAAAAAAAACAAAGUAGCCAAUGAGAAGGACAAAGUAGCGGCAAAGCUGUGAGGUCGCCGUCGAUAGAAUAGACGAAGAGGGAUCCAAUUGUCAUGCAUGCACUGACCUGACCCCCGUGGUUGCCUGCUUUUCCCUGCUUAAACGCGGUAUCAAUUGAAGCCCGAAGAUGGCGAAUUGAGGUGCAUGAACCCGCCCAUGGUGCAGUGUUUCUAUUGUGACGAUGUGCUCGUUGUGGCAAAAGCGUUAAAAGUGUUGCUCACCUCACCUGAAAGCAAUAGUCAACAACAGGAAACAUCUUCCACACUGUGUUAGUGAUCACUUCUUGUGCUACUCGUAAGCUUCCUUACCGAUCCAGCUACAUAACUCAUCGUGCUCGUCAACUACACUCUUACAAUUGAUUCAAUUCGUAUCUCAUGUUGAAAAUGGGGCAAGUCCAGUUUAUGUGUCCCAUCCAUAGUAUUGCCCGGGAAACAGCUUUCUACCAUCAACCGCCCCCCACACCUCUCUUAAAGGAUCCCGUCGUUCCCCCUCCUAAGCACAGUGGAUGUAAAACACUCGGACUGUUGGCAACUGCAAAUCGUGAUUGUACAUCAUACGAAGAUCCCCGCAUAAAUCAAGCACCUUAUGAAGUAGUUAUCGUGGUUAUGUAUAUCAAUAGAACCGGGCCCGUUGGUUGGGACGGAUUUAUGAACAAACGGAGGUAUCAUUAUUGAAUAAAUUUGU